AUGGCUCUAACUAACAUUGAAAAAAGAUUAACACCUUUAAUUGAUGCUAUUAAUAGUGGAAAGAAGGUUACAUUCUUUACUGGAGCUGGUGUUUCAACCAAUGCUGGUAUCCCUGAUUUUAGAAGCCCUGACACAGGGCUAUAUUCCAACUUAGCAAAAUUAGAUUUACCAUUCCCAGAAGCAGUAUUUGAUAUCGGAUUUUUCAAACAGAAUCCUAAACCAUUCUAUACCCUAGCAGAAGAAUUAUACCCUGGACAAUAUGCCCCCACUAAAUUUCAUUUCUUUAUUAAAUUGUUACAAGAGAAAGAUUUAUUGAAGAGAGUUUAUACGCAGAAUAUAGAUACUUUGGAAAGAUUAGCAGGUGUUGAAGAUCAAUAUAUGGUUGAAGCGCAUGGAUCAUUUGCAUCAAACCAUUGUAUAAAAUGUCAUAUGGAAAUGGAUAAUGAAACAUUACGUGAAUACAUGGCUGAUAAAGAUAGGGACGGGAUACCUACUUGUGAUCUUUGUCAAAAUUAUGUAAAGCCCGACAUUGUUUUCUUUGGAGAAGGGCUUCCUGACAGAUUCUUUGAAAUGUGGGAGGAAGAUUGUGCAGAUGUAGAGGUUGCCAUAGUUGCAGGCACGUCUUUAACGGUCUAUCCAUUUGGAGGAUUACCUUCAGAUAUUGGAAAAAGGGCAUUGAGAGUUUUGAUUAACAACGAGAACGUGGGUGAUUUUAGUAGCGAUCCUAGAGAAUCAGAUAUUGUAUUGUUAGGUGAUUGUGAUGAAAUGGCAGAAACUAUUUGUUCGUUGUUGGGAUUUAAGGACGAGCUCGAUGCACUUGUUGAAAAGGAACAGGCUAAGUAUGCUGUACCAGAAACCGUGGAAGAAAAGAUUGACGAGAUUGAAGAAAGAAUGAAGGAAGAGGCGGCAUUGAAGGAAAGAGAAGAGGAUAAGGAAGUGGAAGAGUUGGCAAAGAAGUUGGGAGAGACUGAAAUCGACGAAAGUAAGAAACAAGGUGAAGAAGAAGAAGAAACAACCAAGAAGAAUCAGACUAAAGAAGCAUCCGAAGCCACCACUCAAGAAGUUGAUAGCACAGAACAAGGUAGCGAUAAGAAAGAAAGCCAACAGAACGCUGUGCACCCACCCGAAGGAGACUGUCCUAAAUAUCUGGAACUGGGAAAGACCUGUAGUUUGAGUUAG